AAGACUCAGAUAUUCCAGACUGUUUUCUGCUGUCCGUGGUCGUGCAUGUUGCACAAAAAUACAGUACCUCUUGUUCUUUUCCCGAUCGAUAGCUGACUCCUAUCAAAAAUAUUCGGCGCGGGGUCCUUGUGCCCCUCUUCCCAGCGGGUGGCCAGACCUGCAGGGCGCAAAAGCUUGCUGGCAGUGGUUAAAAAGUGGAUCCCUUUGCGCCACGCAGGGCCGGGCCACUCGCUGUGCGACAAGCCUCGACGCGAUCUUUUGUUUGGGCGCGUCGCCGAGCUCCCGUUUCCACGGCUGCCACUCCCAGCUUGUUGAUCAACUUUGAAAUUUGGAGAAAACCAGCAACGCCCAGCACCACCACCACCACCACCACUCGACAUCGACAUCGACAAGCCACAACCUACGACCAAGUAAGUUAGCCCUUCGAUGGCUCAGGACAUCUGACGCCUUCUCCCACCCCUCCAACGGUCCCUUUCAUUUUCUCGACUUUCGACUUUGACUUUGACUUCGACAUCGUCUUCGGUUCUCGGUUUGGCCGCUAUCUGUUUUGUCUCGGCAUCGUCUCUGCCCCUCGUUCUCAGCCGUUGCACCACCACCACCACCACCACCACCACCACCACCACCACCACGAAAGCGACCACUUCCCCCACUUUGUAUUCGAUUUGAGCCUCCGCUUGGCCGCCGAUACCCGACCAGUUUUGAACAAGAGAAAGGAGAACACCUCAUAACACCGGAAAAAGGAACGAUUUCUAACCACCAUGGACAACUACCAGAAACUGGAAAAGAUUGGCGAGGGAACAUACGGUGUCGUCUACAAGGCUCGUGACCUGAACAACGGCGGGCGCAUAGUGGCCCUGAAGAAGAUCCGUCUCGAAGCCGAAGAUGAGGGUGUCCCGUCGACCGCCAUCCGCGAGAUCUCGCUGCUCAAGGAGAUGCGCGACCCCAACAUUGUGCGCCUGUUCAACAUUGUGCACGCCGACGGCCACAAGCUCUACCUCGUUUUUGAGUUCCUCGAUCUCGACUUGAAGAAGUACAUGGAGUCGCUGCCCACUAGUGAUGGAGGCAAGGGGAAGGCUCUGCCCGAGGGCACAAGUGCUGAGCUCCACCGUUUGGGAUUGGGCGAUUCGAUCAUCAAGAAGUUCAUGAGCCAGUUGUGCGAGGGUGUUCGUUACUGCCACAGUCACCGCAUCUUGCACCGCGAUCUCAAGCCGCAGAACUUGUUGAUUGACCGCGACGGUAACCUGAAGCUUGCUGAUUUCGGUCUGGCCCGCGCCUUUGGUGUUCCUCUGCGCACCUACACCCACGAGGUUGUCACUCUUUGGUACCGCGCUCCGGAAAUUCUGCUUGGUGGCCGCCAGUAUUCCACUGGUGUCGACAUGUGGUCGGUAGGCUGUAUCUUUGCCGAGAUGUGCACGCGCAAGCCUUUGUUCCCUGGUGAUUCGGAGAUUGACGAGAUCUUCAAGAUCUUCCGCUUGCUCGGUACCCCCACCGAAGAUGUUUGGCCCGGCGUGACCUCGUAUCCCGACUUUAAGGCCUCUUUCCCCAAGUGGGUUCGCGAUUACAGCAAGCCCCUGUGCGACAAUCUCGACGACACAGGUCUUGACCUUUUGGAAAUGAUGCUGGUGUACGAUCCCGCUGGUCGCAUCUCUGCCAAGCAAGCCUGCAACCACCCCUAUUUCGAGGACUUUCCCCGCCAGAGUGCUGGAUACCGCUAGGAACACCAUCCAAUGACCUUGCAGGGCAAUAGUACCCUUCGUUGUCCCCGUGUUGGUUCCCACACUGCCCCCGGCGACAACAUCACUGCUCGUGGCGUUCAGCGGUCUCAUUAUCACAUGUAAAGAGCAUGAUGGAGGGACUAGUUGGAGUCAGCCUCACACCCCGGCCGUUUCUGUGCACAACAUAACUUGUUGAUCCCGAGGCAUACUUUGACGUCUGCUUUCAGGAUAUCUGUCGAUCAUACGGAUAGUAUACUUGAGGAAUUCAUAUUGUCUGGCUUUAGACGGCGUUUGGAGGAGAUUGCGGUCCCAAGGAGAUUGCGGAAUGAUAUGGGUUGCGCAUUAGCACGGGUUUCUGGUUGGUGGAGAGGCAUGGAGUGAUUAGAGAGGCUGUGAUGGAUUUUUGUAUGAAUCAAAAAGUAUAAGAGCACCAUGGAAGAGGAUACCAAGUGGGGGAGAAGCAGGCAGUAUCCCUGGACAUAUUGUUGUUUCCAUCAGAGAUGGACG